AUGUGUUAAAAACAUCAGGAAGAUGCUAAAGCAUUUUGCACUAUAUGUAACAGUCUACUUUGUGUCUUUUGUCUGAUAAAGGAUGACAAUGAGGAAGAGGCGCCAGAUCAUAAUCAUAAGCCUGUUAAUGCUAAAACAUACUGCAAUUAAUCUAAAAAUAAGUGGAGAGAUCUUUAGCAAAGGGCAACUAUCCUAGAUUAAAACUACGACAUUAAGAUCUAGGAACUUGGAAAUCUAUGCAGUACUAUGUUCAAAUCUAUGAGUGGUUAACCAAUUUCUGAGGAGGGACAAGCUCAUCUUGAACAGUAAAUGGAUGAAAAUAAGCAGAAAGUUGACAUUGUAAAGAGGUUUGUCAAAGAUGUAAAUGUAUUUAUGGAGAAGGUUGAAGCUAUUGAGGCUGAGAAUAGAGCUGACUUAAUGACUAUGUUCAACUAAAAGCUUAAGGAACACACUGAUAAAAUCAAUACUUUUGAGAAAGUUUUGUCAGAAAUGUCUAUUUAGAAAGUUAUUGAGGAAUCAUUUGGUGAAAAGGGUAAUAGAGAAACAGAGUAAAAUAUCAUUACUGAAGAGUCAAACUAGAAAUCUGUGAAUAAUUACCUAAUUAAGAAAAUUCAUACUCUCGAAGAUAGAGUUAAUGCCAAGUUUGAGAAGGAGUAAUCUUAUGUAAAACAGCUAAUGAAAACUUAAGAUACUGAUAUGCAAAAAUUUGAAGGAUUGAUUAAGGAAAAAGAAUUAAGAAGUGAAAAACAAUACAGAGAGCUGAGAUCUGGAAUUCAAGAUAUUAAGAGUUAACUCUUUGAAUGGUCAAACCACACUAUAUUCUACAGAAUGCUAUUUGAUCUUCAAAUAUACAAGAGAACUGAAUUAGAUUCAAGAUUUGUUGAGUAAUUAUUGAAGACUAAAUUAAGUGACUAGUGUAUUUUCUCAAUGGCUAGAAUGCCUAAUGGAGAUAUCAUUGUAGAUGCAAAUAAAAAAGCAACUAUUAUAAAUGAUUCCACUUUUGAGAUUAUUAACUAACUUGAACCAAGUGAUUCAUAGUUGGUCUCAAUAGGCUUCUAAAAGGAUAAAAUGCUAUCUCAUUACCAAAGCAUGUACAACAUAUCUUAUCAGCCAAAUGGUAAAUUCUAUCAACUUGCUAAUACAGAUACUAAUAAUUGGUAACACUGCAUGUGUGUUCCAGACGACGCUCAUAUCAUUUAAGGUGCUCACGGUGGACUACUUUAUAUCUAUUCAACUCAGUAAAUCAGCUACUUUGUUCAAAAGAAGUGUGAACAAAUCCCAGGUGGCUAAGCCAUUCUCCAGGUAAUUAAACUAAGUGAGAAUUAAAAGUAUGCAGUGGCAACUAAAGGUAGUGGUCUACACAUUAUGGACAUUAAUCUGACAACUUAUGAAACAUCAAGAGAUCCAAAAGUUUAUCUCCAAGGAAAAUAUAUUACUGACCUACUAGAGAUAAAUCAAAAUGUACUCUUGGUAUCAUCUUAUAGUGACUGCUCAUAUUAUGUUGUAGACUUGAACAAGAAAGAAGAAUUUUUCUUGUGCAAAGGCUUUUCACCCUAUGGCAUGGGAAUUUCUAAAUUCCCUUCUUACUCUUUCGACAACUUCCCAUACGUUAUGGCUAAAGAAGAUGAUUAUAUGACCAUAAUCAAUGUAAGAGCUGGCUUUUCUUUCAGACUAAUCUCUCUACCAACACAUAAUCAAAAUUACUUUAACUAGAGAAUGAUUUUCACAAAUGAUAAAACUUUUGUAACUGAUGAAGGAAGCUAUUACUUGAGUAAGUAUAAAAUGAGCGAUCAAUUAUUCAAAAACUUGAAAGAAAUUCAUUUGUGGUCUAUCGUAAACAAUUUGACAAAGCUUUGA